AUGGCGAUGCAGAGGCUUCAGGUUUAUGUUCUUCUCAUCCUUAGCUUGGCACUAACGUGCGCCGCUACCACUUACGUCGUGGGGGGAAAUUCUGGCUGGGACAUAAGCACUGAUCUUGACACGUGGGCAACCGGAAAGACAUUUUUCGUCGGCGAUGUUCUAGUGUUCCAAUUUUCUUCUUCCGAAGCUCUAGACGAAGUGACGAAAGAAAAUUACGACAAAUGCAACACGACCAACGUAUUGAGAUCCUAUACAAACGGGAACACAACAAUCACGUUGUCGAAACCUGGAACGAUGUAUUUUAUAUCUGGUAACAAGUUAUAUUGCCUUGGGGGGAUGAAGUUGCAAGUAGAUGUAGAAAACAAUCAAGCAUAUUCUCCAGCCAAUCCACCUCAGCCAGCAUCUGGGGCUACUCUUCCAGUACAGCCUUCUACAAAGACCAACGUUCCUACUUCGAGCGGGGUUGUGCAUGGGGGAUGGCAUAGUACUCUUAUGUCAGUUUCUAUAGGUUUUCUGGCUACCGUCUUAUGGGUGCAUGGUGCAGAUAUGAAUAUAUAUUUACGUUAAAAAAAACAUAUAUACUUCUCAAAUUCUCAAGGUUGCUUUUGGUUUUUUGAAUAUCUAAUCAAAUCUGUAGCUUCUGGCUGCUU